CCCCCUCAAUCGGCGCUGAGCGGAUGAAACAUGGCGCCGGACGGAUGGAAAUACUAAUGACAGUCGGCAAACUCGCUUCCAUUUGUACCAUGGGCAUCAAUGCCUCUGCUUUGGAGAAAGAGAUUGGGCCAGAACAGUUUCCAAUUAACGAGCAUUAUUUUGGUUUAGUAAAUUUUGGGAAUACUUGCUACUGUAAUUCAGUCCUUCAGGCACUUUACUUUUGUCGUCCAUUCCGAGAGAAAGUCCUAGCGUACAAGAAUCAGCCAAGGAGAAAGGAAAAUCUACUCACGUGCUUGGCAGAUCUCUUCCACAACAUAGCCACGCAAAAAAAGAAAGUGGGCGUGAUACCCCCUAAGAAGUUUAUAACAAGACUACGAAAAGAAAAUGAACUUUUUGAUAAUUACAUGCAACAAGACGCUCAUGAGUUCCUUAACUACCUGUUAAACACUAUUGCCGAUAUCCUGCAGGAAGAGAAAAAACAGGAAAAACAAAACGGACAGCUACAUAAUGGUAUCAAUGAUGACAAUGGCAAUGACAUACCGGAACCAACAUGGGUACAUGAGAUGUUUCAAGGGACGUUAACUAAUGAAACCAGAUGUCUUAACUGUGAAACUGUAAGUAGCAAAGAUGAAGACUUUUUAGACCUUUCUGUUGAUGUGGAGCAGAACACUUCAAUUACACAUUGCUUGAGGAUGAAAGUAAAAAAGCUACCUAUGAUUUUAGCUCUUCAUCUGAAAAGGUUCAAAUAUAUGGAUCAGCUGCAUCGAUACACAAAACUAUCUUACAGAGUCGUCUUUCCUUUAGAACUUCGAUUGUUCAACACGUCAGGAGAUGCUACCAACCCGGACAGAAUGUAUGACCUUGUUGCAGUAGUGGUGCAUUGUGGAAGUGGGCCUAACCGAGGGCACUACAUUGCAAUAGUGAAGAGCCAUGACUUCUGGUUGCUGUUUGACGAUGAUAUUGUAGAGAAAAUAGACGCACAAGCCAUUGAGGAAUUCUAUGGACUGACUUCUGAUAUCUCUAAGACCUCUGAAUCUGGUUAUAUCCUUUUCUACCAGUCCAGAGAUUAAAUGAAUGCAGGAGAACAGUUCCACCUCUCUCACUUCCAAGCACUCACCGUUGCAGAACAGGACACCGAGAUCAUGCAGAGGAUAGAAGAACUUGUCGUCUUGUUUGCAAAGUUUGAGUUACACUAGAGUAAUACUGAUUGUAAGGGCAAGUCAAAAGUAUCCUUGGGAUGUAAGCAGUUUUACUCAUUAUGAAAUCACAUUGACAUAGGUCUACCUAUGCAAGGGGGCCACUGGGCUGGUGAUAGGUCACUGGAUCCAGAGCUCAAUUUGAUGUCAUUGAAGGUAUUGCAUGCUAAAUGCAUAUAUAUGAAACCAAAGUGAAUUGAUGUUUGAUCUGAUGAAUCCUGGUUUUAUCCUGUUGACAUUAAGUUAAGCGAUUUUUACAUCCUCAAAUUCUGGAACUACUGAAAAUUAGGUUUUCAUUUCAAAUAAUUGACCAAAAAUGAUGACAGUUGACACUAGCAAGUUUGCGCAAAAAUUGUCACCAAAGACUAAGUGGUAUUGUGGAUUUUCAUAAGGCUUGUAAAACUUUUUUUUUUUUUAAAGACUUGACCAACAUCAAGUCUUGCAGUUCUCUUUUCGAUUUCCACAAGUUGAUUGUGUAACCUCCCAGCAGUCUUGGUGUUAAGUUGCAUUAAAUUUGAAGUAUGUUAUUUUACCAGCUAAUCAUACAUCUGCACUCUUUGUUAACAAAAAUCUGGUGCUGAUUACUAAAGCUGUUAUUAGACACAAGAGGCAUCACAUAUGUGUAAAUGAUAAAUACAGGGCAGGAUCAAUGGCAGAGUUGUAGAGCCUUGUAAAUAUACAACAUUAAAGCAGCUUUUUUUAAGUGUCAAAGAAUCAAAUACUUUUUGUAGAGUUUUUUUUAAUCCCAGAAAAAAUUGUAAAGUGGCAAAAUAUUAUGAGUAAUUCCAGCUUUUUUUUUUUUGACUUCAUAUCAUGAAAUAAGGCCAUAUUUUAAACGCCUCUGUAAAAUGAAAACUCGUCACUGCUCGGCUAUAUUGGAAUGCUCAGUAAUUAUGUUCUGUUGUAUAUAUUGUAUAAAUAAUGUGUUUAUACAUUUUAAGGUCAAUUGGUUUCUAUUAACUAUUUUAGCUCCUAUAAAUCUUUGGUUUGCUCACUAUUGUGUAAAAUAAUUCUUUGUCAUUGCAUAUUUCAUAUUUCUUCUACGUUGUGUCUGCAUUAAUUUGAUCCACUGUACUUCAACAUGGCAACUGAAGUGUCUGAAUAUUUUGCCUGGAUAAAUGUAGUCUGCUCUCAUGCACCUACUUGAACUCGCAGUCGCUGAAUGUAAUAUUGAAGGCCCUGUUAACACAGCAUGAAUGGGGUUUGGUUUAUUUUGCGUUUCUGUUUGUGGGAAUCAAAGCACACUGUUUAUACGGUUCCCAUGAACAACCGGCAGUUUUGUUUUUGUUCGGUAAAGAUUCCUACUUCCCUGCAUAAGUUUCAAAUUGAACAAUUAACUUCAGUUAAACUUAACUUUAAAUUGCUUCCCCGAUUUCCUCCUCAUGAUGCACACAUUGCCUCUGAUGCAAAGUUUGAUGCUGUCCGAUUUUAAUGUCCCAAGCAGCAAUGAUUGUAGUCAGAAGAUAGACUGGGUUCCAUUUAAUUCAGCAGAAUGUGUGCAUCUGUGCUGACUGAUGGGAGAAUAUAGUAUAUUGAUCCCAAAAUGAAUUUUAAAGUGGCCUGCAAAAAAACUUUAAUCUAGGGUUUAAGACCAGAAUCACUGUUUCGAAUAGACCAGGGUGGAGAACAUUUUUGCCACCUCUCUCUUGUACAGUACUUCAUAUCAAUACUUUGAAAUCCAAUGAAGAAUGUGUAUCAGCUGCUAAAAAGAAAACUUUAAUUCAUCAGAGAACAUUCUGUAGCUACUAGAAUAAUGCUUUUUGACCUGCUGCCUCAGGAAAUGUUGUGGUCUUAACAAUUGCUGCCCUUUAGCCCUUAGCGUUUGUGUUUCUUUUUUUGUUGAAGAAGUGUAGUAUCAUGUUAUUGUGGCAAGGUGUAAGGUUGUUGGGGACAGGGAUUCAGACUGGUUGGCUUCUAAGUAGAUGAAGUAAUAACUUAAGUCCUACAUAUUUUGUUUUCAAAAAUAUUAUUUUUUGUUGAACCCUCUUAAUCUUAACAGUACUUCAAUCGGGUUCCUUCUACCCCUGCAUUAAAGCACAUUUUGGGAUUCAGGAAAAGGGAAGCCACCUACAUUCUGUUGAAUGCAAUUUUUGCCCUGUCUUCUCGGCCUCUUUUAUUAAUCUUUGGAAGGAUUGUCCACUUAACGAUCACUCUAGUUUUUUUUAAAAUAGAGAAUGCUUCAAUUAAUUAAAAGAUUUUAAAAAAAUGAAAUAAUUGGUAGAGUGAGAUAACUUUAGAAUGUUGCAGCAUUAUGCAUUUGUUCCUGUGUUUGCUCGGGUUUUGUGAAACAAAAUGUUUGGGUGUGGAUUUUAGUGAUUUAGGAAUUGAUUUGGCUAUUGUAUUGCAGUCAGAUGGUGAAUAGUUCGAUAAAGUACUACAAAAUUGCAUUUUAGCCAGCAGAAAUCAGGGUGUCUGGGCAGGGGAAAAAUGUGACCAGUGAAUAAUGGAACUGAUUUGUGUCUUUACGUCAAGAAGUUCUUUGGGGCACAGCUGAAUAUUUUGUAAAUUGGAUCAGAAAUUUCUACAGAAAAAAAAAUGUAUGUUCUUUGAUAGCAUAAUAUUGUAUGUAUAUAUAUAUUGAAAAAUUACUCUAAAUUAUAAAUUGUUGCACUUUUGAUACUGAUUUUUAGGUGUAUUUAAGGGGUUAUUUGAGACUGUUGUUUAAUUAUGUUUUUGUCUUAAAUAAAAAAAUAAUAA